AUGUCUAGCCUUCUGGACAACAUCCGCGCAAUCCAGGGGAUCUUUUACAAGCACGCCCAACAUUGCGAUGGGAAGGUCUCCCUGUGCCGGAGGGAGAUGAAAAGGCUGAUUCAGGAGGAGUUUGCUGAGGUCAUUGAGGUGAGCUAGAACCAUCAUUGAAAACAUACUGGGCGCAGUGGUGGCUGCUGACCAUUGGAACUGGCAAGGCGAAAGGCAGGGAGCCAGACACAAGAGCCAGUGACAGGUGGGGACAACUCAUUCUAGGACAAAACCGAGACUGGGGAGGAAGAGGAAAAUGACAGGCAGUGCCAACCCCAGGGCAGCUUGUGAACAAGAGGGCAGGCAGGUGUGGGUUGGCUGAGGGCAGACUGAGGGUGGUGGGGCAGUGACCCAUUUGCCCUAAGCUUGAAAGACUACACUGGCUCCCAGUACGUUUCCGAGCACAAUUCAAAGUGUUGGUGCUGAGCUUGAAAGCCCUAAACGGCCUGGACCCAGUAUCCCCAAAGGAGCGUCUCCACCCCCAUUGUUCUGCCUGGACACUGAGGUCCAGAUCCAAGGGCCUUCUGGCGGUUCCCUCAUUACAAGAAGUGAGGUUACAGGGAACCAGGCAGAGGGCCUUCUCCAUAGUGGCGCCCACCCUGUGGAACGCCCUCCCACCAGAUGUCAAGGAAAUAAGCAGCUAUCUUAUUUUUAGAAGACAUCUGAAGGCAGCCCUGUUUAGGGAAGCUUUUAAUGUUUGAUGCAUUACUGUAUUUUAAUAUUUUGUUGAAAGCUGCCAUAGAGUGGCUGAGGAAGCCCAGCCAGGUGGGCGGGGUAUAAAUGAUAAAUUCUUCUUCUUCUUCUUCUUCCUCCUCCUCCUCCUCCUCCUCCUCCUCCUCCUCCUUCUUCUUCUUCUUCUUCUUCUUCUUCCUCCUCCUCCUCCUCCUCCUCCUUCUUCUUCUUCUUCUUCUUCUUCUUCUUCUUCUUCUUCUUCUUCUUCUUCUUCUUCUUCCUAAGCUACAGUUCCAAGAAUUCCCUGGAAUGAAGGCUUGAUUGUUAAACCACUCUGGGAACCGUAGAUCUCGGAGAGGAAUAGGGGGUCUCCAGAGAACUCUCAGCACCCUUAACAAACUGCAACUCCCAGGAUCCUUUGGGGGAAGCCAUGACUGUCUUUAGUGGUGACAUUGUGCUUUAAAUGUGUGGGGUGAAUGUGGCCUAUGUCAAAUUCAGCUGGCCCCCCGGAUUGGAGAUUGGGUGAGGGGCCAGGCACCCCUUUCCUUUUCAGGUGGCGAGAUCCCUGGGAUCAGUCCCAAGAAUGCACAUAAAUACAUGUUGUGCUCCACUGCUCAUGUACAAACCAAGUCCUUACAUAAAUAUUACUUACAAAUAGCAAUGCUUCACAAGAAUAUGAUUCUAACAUAAGGCAGGGUACCUCAGGAUGUUGCGAAUCAGGGUUUCCCAAACUUGGGUCUCCAGCUGGUUUGGACUACAGUUCCCACCACCCCUGACCACUGGUCCUGCUAGCUAUGGAUGAUGGGAGUUGUAGUCCAAAAACAGCUGGAGACCCAAGUUUGCUGGGGGGAAAUGAAGGGAAGCAUACAACUGAAGAAUUUGGGUUCAGUUUGUAAAUAAAGGAGAUGUUGACGGAUGACAUGCGGUGGAUCGAUCCAACGGUCUAGCUCCCUUUCUCCCCCUCUUCCAGAACCCUUGUGACCCUCAGACCCUUGAGCUGAUGUUCCAGCUGCUGGACAUCAACGGGGAUUGUUCGGUAGAGUUCAACGAAUACCUGAUUCUCAUCUUCAGAACGGCCACGGCUUGCUGCUGUCGCCUCGAGUCCGGAGAAUGCGGGGAAAUCUGCCGAGAGCCAUGUGAACGGGAACUGCGGGGAGACGGAAAGGACUGUCACCAGGUGCGGGGCGGUGAAAGGAAACAUGUCAGUGAGAGACGAGGUGAGCCUGAGGCCCGGACGGAUGAGCGGAGCCACCAAGCGUGUGACCUGGAGUUGAGAGAUGGCCACGGGAGAACCCGUCCCUCCUGCAAGGCUCAGGAAUGGGAAGAUAUUUGUGAGUGCCGGAAAUGUGGAUCCCAGCGACAAUCCAAGGUGACCUGUGACCUUGAGCCGCGAAAAGACAAAGCCACACCUUGUCAUCUGCUAGGAGAGGAUGGCCAGGGACGGCAGCAAUACUGUGAGAUGAAAGACAUGGAAGGAGAGAGUGAGAGGAGGAUGGUUCAGCUGAUCACAGCUGAACUGAGGGACGAGAAGAGGAAGAGGGGUCACGGCCGUGAACGGCGUGCGAGCGAGGACGGCCAGCGAAAACCGCAGGGUUGUGAGUCCGAACUGCUGGGGAGUCAAAGAAGAUGCUCUCCGGUACGGGGACGACUCCUGAGACGAGGGCGAGCGCAGUAUUAUGAACCUGAGCCCCUGGACAGAGAUGCUGACCCAAGGAGGAGUCGAGGAUGCGAACCCACACGGAGAGAGGCUGCAUCUUUGGAAGGAGACUCUGACCAGGAAUGUGACGCCAGACCCAGGGAAGUCAAGAGGAGGAGGUCUCAGUCGUGCGGGCCAGAACUGAGGGAGAAGAUUGAGAGGGAUCAACAGUCUUGUGACUGUGAACCCCUGGGAAAGGAGGGUGAUAGGAGAAGGCCUCAAGGACGCGGGGUGAGCCUGAGAAAGGAUGCUCAGAAGCAGCGUUGUGAUCCUGAGAGUCUGGAAAGGGAUGCUCAGAAGAAGACGUCCCAAGCUUGCACACCAGGAUUGUGUGAGGAUAGUCAGUGGCGUGGUGAGGUAGGAGGCUUAGAAAGAGGAGAGGAGGUGAGGAGGUCUGUGCGACGCGAAGUCACUCGCAGAGAGGAUAUUCUGGGGAGGCAGGCGUCUUAUGAGACCGGAAGCCUGGGGAGCAAUGAUGAUGAUGAUGAUGAUGAGGAUGAGGAUGAGGAGAGGAGGAGGCCUCAGGUGUGCGAACCAGGAUUGAGAGAGUGUAAGAAACAGCUGUGUCGUGAGCCCAGAGCCCUGGAAGGAGAACGUGACAGGAGAAGGCUCCAGCCUGAGGUGGAGAGGAGGAGAGAAAUUGCAUAA